AUCUCCCUCUUCCUAAACCGCACUGCUCGGUUUUUUGGCUUCCUGUUUCCCAAAACCGUCGUUUAGAUUGGCGGCUCCUUUAAGCGGCGCCUCUUUCACUCCCCCCAACUCACCCUCCCCAUCGGGCAGCACGCGCAGAGCCAUGUGCUUCCCCCUCCCGCCUGCCUCAUUGGCCCGAACUGGGUCACGGUCCCGCCCCCAGUGCCGUCUCCCAUUGGGCAAAUGUAGGUCAGGGUCCCGCCUCCCACCUAAAGGCACGGCAACUUCACGCACUGAACCCCUCACGCGCCCUCCCGGGCCUUGGCGGAUCCAGGGGUCCCAUUGGCCGUGCGUCUCGAGGGGUCAAGACGCGAUUGGCCCGCGCUUUCAGCCGGAGGGAGGCACGCGGCUGGGGUGCUUGGCCCAAGAGGCAGGCGGGGGCCGAGAGGAGGGGUGCGCGCAGUGGCGUCGGGUGUUUUGGUUUGGCUUUUUUUUUUUUUCCGCGAAAGAAGUUUGCGUUGGCCACGCCUCAAGGCGGCCGCCUCCUCUUACCCCCUCCCCCGCCCCUCCGCGCACACCUCUUGGUGCAGAUUGCAAAGCGCCUUCCGCUGAGAGAGCUGCAGAUUUUGCAAGAUCCAGGCUCGCCCACCUUGUAGAAGGAGCGCCUUGUGUCCCCUUGAACUCUGGGUUGCAAAGAGCCGGCUGCCUGAUUUGAUCAGCCCCUCACUCGGACUGCAUGGUCUCCAGGGACCCUCGUGAGUUGCACGUUUCUGCACUGAGGACUGCAAAUCUCCGUCACUCCUAGGAUUUGCGGUGAUCUGGAUACUGGAGGCUUGCAAGCUACGCUCGCCCGCCCCUGGGCAGGCACUCGCCCGGACCACUGGAGUGUGCCGCUGACUGGCAGGCCAGCUCUUCGCCUCUCCAUGAGCCCGUGAGCCUGCGGGCAGGUGGCCGGUGAUGGCGCGGCCCGUGAGCGACAGGACCCCGGCCCCCCUGCUGCUGGGUGGCCCAGCCGGGGCCCCCCCUGGCGGGGGAGCGCUGCUUGGGCUGCGGAGCCUUCUGCAGGGGACCAGCAAACCCAAAGAGCCAGCCAGCUGUCUCCUGAAGGAAAAGGAGCGCAAGGCGGCUCCGCCGGCAGCCACGGUCCCCGGGCCUGGCCUGGAGACGGCGGGCCCGGCGGAUGCCCCAGCUGGGGCUGUGGUGGGCGGCGGGUCCCCGCGGGGGCGCCCGGGGGCCGCGCCUGGCCCGGGUCUGUUGGCGCCGCUGCUGUGGGAGCGGACGCUGCCGUUCGGCGACGUGGAGUACGUGGACCUGGACGCCUUCUUGCUGGAGCACGGGCUCCCGCCCAGCCCGCCGCCCCCUGGCGGCCCGUCACCGGCGCCCUCGCCCGUGCGCACGCCCGCACCCUCCCCGGGGCCCGGUUCCUGCGGCUCAGCUUCCCCUCGUUCCUCCCCGGGGCACGCCCCCACCCGGAUCUUUGCUUAA